AAUAGUAUUGUCAUCAUGAAACUUUUCAAAGUAGUCGUCAUGAUGACAUGCCUUGCGAUGUGCAGUGCACAUGCAGGAAACUUUCCUGCUGUUCAGGCCUUCGAAUGCCCGGCCGUGCAGGAGUACCAACGGUGCACCGCGUUCGCAACCGACUUCCUCCCAACCUUGGAAGAGCAAUCCACAGCCAAUGAUGCAGUGGUCUUCAUCAUUGAGACCGUGCAGGGAUGGUGGGCUGCAUUCCUCGGAGUCACCAAGGAUGAGCUUCAAGAAACCGAUCAAAUGACCGACUUCAUCAACACCAGCCUCCCAUCAGACACACCCAUAGAUCCUUGUUGUGAUGAUUACGAUGAGAAAGAUUUUGAUUUCAAUAUCUGGAUCCCUGGUGACCAGGAGCUUUCACCGGUGAUUAUCUCGACUCAGGUGCCUAACUGUGAUCUUGAGAUGAAUCCACCAUUACUCUAUGAGAUACCAGAUGAUGAUGAACUUACGAUGGAUGAACUAGAUCACGACAAACGUUUCAAAGAAAUUGCAGCAAACCUGACCUAUGAUGUAAUCGAUGACGCCAUGCCAUUCCAACCACUCACCUACUGGCAAACCAUCUCGGCUUUAGUGGACUGGUUCCUGACGCAACUUCUCAUCAACACAGCUGCAUCUGCACGGCUCCAAAUCGAAUCCCAAUCUCCUUACUUUGGCACCAUGCCAAUGAUGACGUCACCUGUGACGUCUGCUCCACGUGACUUCUUCACCAUGGAUCUUCGUGGUCAGAUUCGUCCAGGGGAGGUUCCCAUCGAGAAGCCUCCUCCGCCAGCCUGGGCUACUCGUACCGUCCGCCUUGCCUUUGUCUUCGUGUGUCUCUGCCUGCUGAGCCCUGUGUGUUUCACCGGAGACGAGCAGAAGGAAAAGGCCAGGCUAGCUAAGGCUUUUAAAAGCCGCAAAGGCAAUCACCGCAGAAGCGGCCGCAGAUAUGCCGCUUAUAUGAACGCUAGAGGGCGCCAGUAAAUACCUCAAUACGAUUUUCGGCACAGUUCGAGACAAGUAAAAGUCACAAGGAGACUAAACAUGGAGACAAAAGUCAGAAAUAAAUAAAAAGAAGACUUAAAAAUGGACUGACUAAUCUGCCAAUCGUCUUCUUUUCGACCUUUGAAUGGAACCGCGGAUGGACUUGAUAAAGCGCCAGCAAAAUCCAGUGAAAAAAAGAUGAGGAAAUAGACACUUUAUUUGCCACUAUUCACCGGAACUAUUCACUAUUCACCACUCAUGAUGGAAAGUGAAUUUCUCGCUGUGCCGGAAAAAAAAUCCAGAAAAGACUUUCAAAUGGAAAUUAAGUUAAAAUCUCUGCCACAAAUUUUUACUUAAAUUCAGGCCAAGUAAAGCAAACUUCAUAAAUUCUUCUCACUAAUUAUUGGGUAUUUUAAAUUCAUUAUUGGAAUGAUUGGAAAUAAUUGAAAUAAUUUAAUAGUGUCCGUAUCUUCUGACAAUUACCCAUGAUCAGUAUUGUUGAUUGGAAAUAAUCUUAGAAAUAAGGAACAUUAACUAAGCAAUCUGAAGUAAUUUCAUACAAAAACAUUUCCUACUUCUUUGAAAGAGUCAUAAUAUUAAUUAUGCAAUAUCAUUCUAUAAACCCGUUGCCAAAUCAUGGAGUAAAACAGAAAACAAAUAAAAAUCAAAUACAUUUUAAAUAA